CGCUUUAGCAUCCUCGUGGCAAACAGUCUCAGGCCACGGUCUGAAAAGCGCGUUAAUCGUCGUCCUGCCGUGUGCCGCUCGCACCGCAGAGGCGGCCGCUGCUCUCGCGCCCCAUGCCCGCCUGCCCGACAUAAAAGGCCGCGCCGUCGCUCUUGCAAGGUUGGCGUGCCUGGCUUCCGAUCUGGCAUCCCCGCAUCCCAGAUAGCCGAGCCCAGCGUGCCUGGGUCUGCUUAUUUUUUUCCGCCCAGCCCCGUCCUCCCAGCCUGCACCCAGCACCAUGCCCAAGGACUUCAAGAAGCGCGGCCGCCGCGCCGACGACAAGAAGCGCAAGCGGGACCACGACGACGGCGAUGCUGCGCCCAAGCGCCGCAGGCAGAGCGACGCCGCCCAAGAGGCGCCCGCCCACGACGACGAGCCGUUCCAGGACGAAGCCAUCGAUGGCGUCACGCGGCCCGGCGCCAUGCCCUUCUACGGCAUGCUCGACGACGACGAGCAAGAGUACUUCAAGCGAGCCGACGAGAUGCUCGAGCUCGACCAGUUCGACGGGCCCGACGAGCGCACUCUCUUCGUCGAGAGCGUCUACCGUGAGGCCGACGGCAAGGAACUGAAAAUCGCAAACAGCCAGUCGUGCUCGCGCCUCAUGGAGCGCCUGAUCCUCGUGUCCACCCCGAAGCAGCUGAAGGACCUGUUCCAGAAAUUCAACGGCCACUUCGUGCACCUCGUCCAGCACCGCUUUGCCUCGCACUGCUGCGAGGCCCUCUUCAUCCAAGCCGCGCCCGUCGUCACGCACGAAGCUCGCAAGCCCGACCUCAUCACCCCGCCCUCGUCGGACCCCAACGAUGUCGUCGCCUCCAUGGAGAACCUCUUUCUCUUCACCUUGGACGAGCUGGAAGGAUACCUGGGCUACCUCCUCACAGAACGUUUCGCAUCCCAUGUCCUGCGCGUGCUGCUUGUCGUGCUUUCGGGCCAACCGCUCGAGAGACAAGGCAACAAGUCGACGCUGCACAGCAAAAAGAAGGAAAAGGUCGGCGUCCCGGUGCCGGAAAAGCAGGACCUCGUUCUGGGCGAGAGGAAGGUACCGCAGUCCUUCACCGACGCCUUACAAAAGGUCAUCAACGACAGUGUGGCCAACCUGGAUACAAACUAUCUUCAAAUGCUUGCAACACAUCCUACCGGCAACCCGACCCUGCAGUUGAUGCUCAAGCUUGAGCUCACCCUCUUCGGCAAAGUAAAAGCAAAGGACGAGAACUCAAUCAUCCGCAAACUGCUGCCGGAUGACCCCAUCAAGGAAGACACCCCCAGUGCAUCCUUCAUCAAUGGUCUUGUAUACGACGCUAUUGGCUCCAGGCUGUUGGAAACGAUCCUUGAAAACGCCCCUGGAAAGCUCUUCAAGUCCAUUUACAGACAAUUCUUCCAACAGCGCAUGGGCAGCCUUGCGCGGAACGAGAUUGCUGGAUACGUUGCUGGGCGGAUCCUGGAACGUCUCAGUAAGGACGACCUCGACGAAGCCUGCCGCCAGAUCAUCGAGCAGAUUCCCAACCUUGUCGAGCGCAACCGGACAGCCAUCAUCAAAACCCUUAUCGAGCGCUGCGUUGCGCGAGGAGUAGACACUGUGCCCAUCGCUGCACAGCUCCAAGCUGCGUACGGCGGCUCCAGUGGCUUCGAAAUCACGCGUUUACUCAAACUUGGCGAAGCUCCUUCAGACGACGGCAAGUCCAACGCGAAACACGAGCAGCCCGGGGCAGACAAGGUCCAUGGAUCGUUGCUUGCACAGACCAUGAUGACCGUCGAGGGACCUUUGGGGAAUCUCAUUUUCGACUCGUUCACGAACCUGGGCGACUACAUGACGCUGCGGAUUGCCCGCGAUCCAGCCGCGUCGAGAACAUUGCAGGCCGCGUUGGUGUCUCCCAAUGCAUCUGUCAUCUUCCGAAGAAAAGUCAUACAGCAAUUCUAUGGACAUGUUGGUGAGCUAGCUUUGGACCCCGCUGGAUCUCACGUCAUCGACUCCAUCUGGGAGGGCACGGCUGGCCUGGCCUUCAUCCGCGAGCGCAUCGCCGAGGAGCUUGCAGAGAACGAGGCCGCGCUACGUGAAUCUCACGUCGGUCGCGCGGUAUGGCGGAACUGGCGUAUGGAUCUGUACAGGCGGCGCCGCGCAGACUGGGUCAAGCAAGCUCGCUACACCGCCGGCAACGAAGGUUUCCAGUCCUUCCCCGAAAGCAAUGGCGAGAUGACGCCGCCGUCCCAAGGCCGCAAGACUGGUGGCCAUCUCUCCGCCAUCGAAUUGGCCCGCAAGAAGUGGGCAGAGUCGCAGGCGGCAAAGGCAAAAUUGGACACCGAGAAGGCGAAGAGAGACGCCAAGGAAGCCAAGAAAGAGAGUAAGAAGGAAAAGCACGAGAGGCACGGCAGCAGUAAAGGGAAAGAAAAAGCAAAAGCGAGCGUUGCGGCGCAUUGAUUGGUCCUUUUGGCGUGGUUUAUACAAUUUCGAAUCUAGUUGCAUCGUUGGCGGUACGCACGUAUGGUGCACGCGCCUUUGCAGUCAUUGGGGGCGUUCUGUGGGGACUUUGGGACGGCUUUUGAUUCGAUCUAGAUACCUUUGGUGCGGCGGUGA